CUUACGAUUUAAACUUAAUCAUGAAAACUCUAAAAGUAUUAGUUGAUUUAGAACAAGAAAUAUAUUGUGAUAUUAUUUUAAUAUGUAAACAUCUUCCAGGUGUCAUGGGAUAAGGGGAAGGUCCAGCGCCGUAGGGGGUAUAGGACGAAGCCGGGGAAUCGUAUCGGUCAGCUGCAACAGGAGUGUCCGGGAUUUGCAGGGACGGCGUCGCCGAUGCUGAAUGGUCGUAACGUGAAGGGGAAGGCGUGAAGGAGGAAUUGGAAGACAACAUAGGAGGCACUAUUAUAUAAUGCGCGAUUACGAUUACGACUUUGCAGAGAACACAUCAAAUCGAGAUUUGUCCGAUAAAAAUGAAGAUUUACGAAGCGAACUUCUAUUCUAACGAAGACCAUAGGAUAAACGCUGGUUAGAUGAGAUAUGGUAAGGCUAAAGGGGUUCAAGGUCUUAUAGAAAUAGAAAAUUUAAACAGAGUUAGAGCUACUAAGAAACCAGAAGAAGUGGAUCUCACAACAAAAGUUCAAUUAUCACGAAAAGAAAGCUGGAUUUCUCCAAAUUCAGUAGCGAUGACAGCGCCUACAUAGGGAAAUUGCAAAAUUUCUUCAACACCAGCAAGAUCUCCGACGGAGAUAAGGCCGCUUUAUUUCUCCGAAGUCUUCCUGAUAACGAAUUCAAUAAUAUUGGGGCAAUUCGCACUGAGGAAGACUUCCAGAACCCAAUAGCCCUGCUUGGCAAAUUCAAGUUACAACAUCCAACGAAGACCGAAAACGCUAAACUAUCAUUAUUUUAUGCUGCAACUCAAGGCAAGGAUGAGACAUUCUCGGCUUGAAUCACGCGCGUAGCACGACUCAACAAAGAAUGUAAAUUUAAUGGCAUUCAGAGAAUUAUUGAGAAAGUGAGAGUAUCUUCGUAUUCCAAAGAUGUCAGGAAAGCGGUCAAGAGCUCUAUGACAUAGAAGACAUUUACAAUCUAGGUCUAGAGGAAGACAACGCGGACGCAAGUGGCAUCAAGGGCGAGAUGAAAUUGUUACAUUUGAAUGAAUCACCUGGUGUACAAGAGGUUAUUCACAUGGGCAGAGUCAAAAAUAGUUACGUUACAACAAAACCCAUUCAGGACUCUCACGCACAUGGUAAAUCUCUUAUCAAGCAACCCCAGUUCAUCAAUGACAAUCGCCCGCACAGCAUUUCGAUGAACGUUACGAUUUACGCUGCGACUAUUGCCGUGACAAACGAUUUGAUGAACGUUACUAUAUACGCUACGACAACGACCGCGACAAACGAUUCAACGGACGGCACAGCAACUUCCACGACAUUCGUUUUGAUCAAAGCUACGAUAAUUGUCACUAUAACCGCAACCGUUUCGAAAAUCGCAAUGAUAACUACUACGACGAUCGAUUCAACAAUAGCGGGUACAACGUCCAUGGCAAUCAUCAACUAUCAUUGUGACCACCAUCAAAGCCCUGAUCGACGGGAUGACUGCUAUAGAGGUGUUAACCGAAUCAACUAUCCCCGUCAUGGUCAGCACAGACACAACCCUCAAAAUAUUAAUGGUUUUCCGAAAUAUUCGUCGAGGCCCAACCAGUACAAAAAUGACAAUAAUACUUACAAUAGAUCUUCUGAUUAUAAAGAUCGUGAUUGUCAAUUGAAUACGAACCAUGCUAUGAACAUCGAAGUAAUUGAUGAUGAUGACGACUCAAACUCAGACCUUAAAGAAUAUAAUCUGCAGAAUUUGGAAGUGUACAAUAUGGGGGUCAAGGAUACCAUAUAUGACGCGUACAACGUGACAGUGAGCAUCAACAACAUACCCAAGUUGAUGCAAGUUGACACCGGUAUCAAGUACAAUAUACUGAAGCUGACAGCUAAGACUGUAGGUAUAACCGCGAUAAGUAAGACGGACAUGAGACUCACUGGUUAUGACGGCAGCGCUAUCAGGAUAUUAGGUCUUGCCAAUGUGAACAUUAAGUAUGAAGGAAACUCACAUACACUGGAGGCCAUUGUAGUGGAUAGUGAUAAGAUUCCCCUGCUAGGACGUAUGUGGCUCCACACCUUCAACAUUUUAAAAACGUUCUUAGUGGGUAAUGUAGAGUGAUCUCGAGAAGAUAAUCUCAACAACAAAAAAAGACCUCGAAUCAACUUACUCCUACAAACCCAAAAUGGUCAGACAAGAGAAAGUUCACUUGAAGUCCGAUGCUGUGCCUAAGAUCAUACCUUCAAGGAGAAUUCCGUGCGCCAAGAUCGAUGCAACGACUCAGAAAUUGGAUUGCUGGCUGAAGCACGACAAAAUAAACCUUGCUCGAAAGGAAUCUAGAUGUCCGAUGCUAUGCACAAGAGACCCGGGCCACCCAGGCCGGGCCGUAUUUUUUUAAAAAAUUUAUACAACAUGAAUUAUUAUAUUCGUCAAUUAGAUAUGGUUAUAAUAAUUAUAUAUAGUUAUGAUUAAUAUAAUGUUUGGUGAAAGUUAACACUAGCUAACACUCAUAGUAUCUAUUACAUAAUAAAAUUAUAGU